AUGGCUGACGGGGCCAGAAAUGAUUCUGAGCUGGUGUCAACCGCUUGUGUUAUUGGCGGCGGUAUCAUUUUGGGAGCUCAUAUCUUCAAGGAAUUGGCUGAAGUAUUUAACGAAGCUAACAACGAGUCGAGACCAUUGGUUAACAAGUAUGAAGACGGACAAUCUUCCAAUGCGAUUGCUUCCACACUUACUACAGAUGGACAAUCAUCCAACGGGAUCGGUACCACUGUCAGUUCCAUUUCUAGUUCUACCUUCGGAGUCUGUUCGAAAGUAUUAAAAUGGACAGCUGAAUCUGUAGGAUCAGCUUGGAAAUGGAGUGUGGACAAAGUUACAUCUAAUAUUGGAGAUGAACAAUCCUCCAAUGAGACCAGUUCCACUGUCAGCUCCACUACCACUUCUACUUUGGGAGCCUGUUCGAAAGCACUUAAAUGGGGUGUGGAAUCUGUAGGAUCAGCUUGGAAAUGGACUGUGGACAAAGUAACAUCUCCUACUGAAGAUGGACAAUCCUCCAAUGAGAUCAGUUCCACUGUCAGCUCCACUACCACUUCUACUUUGGGAGCCUGUUCGAAAGCACUUAAAUGGGGUGUGGAAUCUGUAGGAUCAGCUUGGAAAUGGACUGUGGGCAAAGUAACAUCUACUACUGGAGAUGAACAAUCCUCAAACGAGAUCGGUACCACUGUCAGUUCCAUUUCUAGUUCCACCUUCGGAGUCUGUUCGAAAGCACUAAAAUGGACAGCUGAAUCUGUAGGAUCAGCUUGGAAAUGGAGUGUGGACAAAGUUACAUCUAAUAUUGGAGAUGAACAAUCCUCCAAUGAGACCAGUUCCACUGUCAGCUCCACUACCACUUCUACUUUGGGAGCCUGUUCGAAAGCACUUAAAUGGGGUGUGGAAUCUGUAGGAUCAGCUUGGAAAUGGAGUGUGGACAAAGUAACAUCUCCUACUGAAGAUGGACAAUCCUCCAAUGGGGGCAGUUCCACUGCCAGUUCAAUUUCUAAUUUCACUUUGGGAGCAUGUUCGAAAGCUCUGAAAUGGACAGAGGGAUCGGUAGGAGCAGCCUGGCAAUGGACGACUGGAAAGAUUUCAUCUCAAAGCAGUGAGUCCACACCAGCAGCAGAUGCCACAUCGAAUCAUUGUCGCAUGAUCAAUGAUGCGGCUGGAUUAGCCAUCCCUCUUACAGACAGCCACUUUUAG